GGUCUCUAGCACCAUGGGAUCGUGGAUGCUUGUUGUACAUUUCCGCCUUUUCCAACACACCGAUAUUACAAAAAGCGCGUGCGGGACUGUUGGCUAGUACGCAUGCGGGAAGGACUGAGCUUGAGGUUUCGAAGUCGUAUUGCAUUGCAUCGUUGUCUGUUUUCUUUUGGUUCUGCCAACCUACUAUCCAGGAGGACACUGACAUGCAACAAUGACCCGAAAGAGCUUCCCGCAGCAAGCAGCCUUGACAACAACGACCACUCCAUGCCCGCCAGAGAAGGGCGGAGCCUCGAGCGGAAACUCAGAAUCUCGAGCUGAGUGGGAAACCUUGCUCACCACCCAGCCCCGCUCGACACUGAAGACACAUGUCGUCCCAGCAGCACGUGGCUUUGCAUUUGAAGUCAAAGCAUCUUCACACUUUCGCAUUGUCGAUCUGCAUGGCCAACAGGUGGUCGACUUCAUGGCCUGGGCGUCACCUUACUCCCCCAGCGCUACGUGCGAACACUUUUCCACAAGCUACACGCGGUAUGCGUUGGGAGGACUCGCCACGCCCAAGGUCGGCGAGUGCCUGUACACGAACCGCGACCGCAAGAUGUUCACCCUCAUGGACGACACGGUCAAGACGCACGAUCUGCUCUACAUGGCCUGCAACCCUGGCUUCUACGAGCGCGAAAACCAGCCGGGCCACAGGUCAUGUGCGACCAAUGUCGCUGAAGCCAUGGAACCUUGGGGUAUGAAGCAUUGGAGUGAAGUCAUCGAUCCGUUUAAUGUAUUCCAGAACACCCCGUACUACACUCUCAAGGCGCUCAACUGCUCCAAGCCUGGGGACUACCUCGAGAUGCGGGCUGAAAUGGACGUAGUUUGCGCCGUAUCAAGUUGUCCGUUCGAGGGCGAAGGUUUCAACGGCGGGAAGGUGACAGCAGUUGCCGUUGUGUUGGAAAUCGGUUAGGUUAGACGAUCGCCCGUGUUUACCUGGAUCGCUAUUGGGUUGAGUACAAGGUACUAGAACAUAUCCAUGAGACAGACAGAUGAAUGGCCUCUUGGGAAAAGGCAAUCUCUUGUUAGGGAUUUUCCCAGUCGAUCAGACAGUCGAAACGGGAUCUAGGGAAAGAAUGGUUGUUGGAUACAAAACUCUGCAUUGGACGAAAGGCGAACCUGCAUAACCACAGUGCCCUAUGGACAAACUGCUGGACCAUGUUGACUAGACACUGUAGACAGACGAUAAAAUGGGAUCUUGGAAAAAGGCAAUUGUUCAUUUCGAAACUUGCGGGAUCGUCCAAAAGCCAAACA